GUAGCGAAGCCUCACGCCUGCUUGAGACGUGAGUUGCACAGUGCAACACCCAUCGCCGGGCUACUGCAUGGCUUUAGCACGGUUCUUUCUGGGCUCUGAAAUCGCACACACUAUCGGCUUCAGCAUCAUGAAGAACCAUGUCGCUUGUAAUAGAACCGCCGGGUCACUCCAUGGCAGAGCUCAUUAUUUGUGAGUCUUGCUUGCUGGCCUAAAGUAUAGCGUACUUUCAUGUACAUCGCGCUACUCGGCUCCAACAACAGGAGGCGCGUUGAGCAAGCGUUUUAGCCUGGGAGGAUUCGCGUCCUCCUCGUGCGCAAGUAAUUGCAGCAGUUAAGCCUCAGAAUACGAAACGUGUACUGUAAACUCCACCAGUGACCAGUCCUUAUGUACUAGUUUGCACCGAAUCAAAAACGACAGCGCGGUGGCAGUCGCAGUAAUGCCCUCAGUAUGUCCAUCAUUUGGCAGCAGGAAAGGCGUCAUGACUAGCGCGGUGGACCAGCAGCGCGUUGCCGGGCUUCGGAACAGACGCAUCCUUCUGGGCUCCGCCAGCUUUGCUCGGAAGCAAAUUAUGACGGAGCUGGGCAAGGAGCACGGCUUCACUUACGAAGUUCGGACUGCAGACAUUGACGAGAAGGCCAUUCGUGAUCCCAGCCCAGAGAUGUUGGUGCGGCUACUGGCCCGCGCCAAGCGCGAGGCCAUUAUCGCCAAAAUGAAGGCGGCGGGGGAGCCGCUGCAGGGCCUGCUCAUCACCUGCGACCAGGUGGUGGUGCAUGAGGACCGUAUCCUUGAGAAGCCCAGCUCAGUGGACGAGGCGCACGAGUACAUUGACGGAUACGGCCGCAGCCCCGCCAGCACUGUGGGUGCGGUGCUGGCCACUGACCUGGCCAGCGGGCGCGCGGCGGAGGACGUGGAGACCAGCUACAUACACUUCCGACCCAUACCGGAGGACGUGCGGGCGCGGCUGAUCGAGGAGGGCGAGGUGUUCUAUUGCGCAGGCGGGCUAAUGAUCGAGCACCCGCUGGUGGAGCCUCACAUUGAGCGCAUGGACGGCACCCAGUGCUCCGUCAUGGGGCUGCCCAAGCACCUGGUGCUGAGGCUCAUGCUGGAGGCGGCGGGGCUGUGAGCGCGGGCUGUGAGCGGGGGCUGUGAGCGGAGAGGGGCAGCAGGAGCGGCUGUUGGGAGCUGGAGGCAACAGAGUGGGAGGAGCAGGAGUCAGACCAAAUGAGCGUUAGGUAGGCGUUCGUGACACUGCGGGUCAGGCACUGAGGACGCAGCCGGUGCGGGACGCGGUCUUCUUGCCUGCCAGGGCGCAGGUGGCGUCCUGGCGGGGGUGGGGCGGUUGAUGGAUGAACACAAGCAAUGGGUGUGUGAAGCGGGCGGAGCAGACGCAGCCAGAAUGCUUUUCCCUCUGCAAGAGUAUACGAUAAGCACUGCAAUCUGUGUGCGAUGUACAGUAGUCUAUGGUCACUGGUAAGGCCCAUGGCACGUGCGUGAUUAUUACUAGGAAGUAGGAAUGCAACAGCGUUAGGGGGGCGCAAAUGCGCCUUACUGUAUGCUUAAGAAGCAGGGUAAUCAAGGCUACCGUUUUGGCGUCCGCAAGGGCGUCACAAGCAGGCAUGACUGCACUCCCCUGAAUACCCUGCUGCUUGCUUUGUAGCCAGAGAGUGCACAGCAGGACACAUGGUGUGUGUGGGCGCUGACUCGAGGCUUUCCGAGGCUCUGUUGCGAAGGGCUGCGAGCAGAGGCUGAACCUCUGCUGGGCUGCGUCGAGCUGCAUGUACCCGCAUGUACCGUAUGCUCAUGUAGCAGUCUGUGAGCAAGAAUACUGCUCGGGCGCGCUGCGUGUAACUAUGGAGGGUU